AUGGGCGCCUAUCUCUAUGGGCGCCUAUCUCUAUGGGCGCCUAUCUCUAUGGGCGCCUAUCUCUAUGGGCGCCUAUCUCUAUGGGCGCCUAUCUCUAUGGGCGCCUAUCUCCAUGGGCGCCUAUCUCUAUGGGCGCCUAUCUCUAUGGGCGCCUAUCUCUAUGGGCGCCUAUCUCUAGGGGCGCCUAUCUCUAGGGCGCCUAUCUCUAGGGGCGCCUAUCUCUAUGGGCGCCUAUCUUUAGGGGCGCCUAUCUCUAUGGGCGCCUAUCUCUAUGGGCGCCUAUCUCUAUGGGCGCCUAUCUCUAGGGGCGCCUAUCUCUAUGGGCGCCAAUCUCUAGGGGCACCUAUCUCUAUGGGCGCCUAUCUCUAUGGGCGCCUAUCUCUAUGGGGUGCCUAUCUCUAA